GAGCAGAGCCCGGGGUCAGACACCGAAGCGCUGGCCGAGAGGACGUCUUGCUCGUUUGGUUCGCACCCGGACCUCCCUUCGGGCGCCUCCCUGCCCCAGCCGCCUCCUACCUCAUCCAUGGAGGAGAUCCAGGUGGAGCUGCAGUGCGCGGAUCUUUGGAAAAGGUUCCACGACAUUGGCACGGAAAUGAUCAUCACUAAAGCAGGCAGGAGAAUGUUUCCUGCGAUGAGAGUGAAGAUUACAGGGUUGGACCCUCACCAGCAGUAUUAUAUUGCCAUGGACAUUGUGCCUGUGGAUAACAAGAGAUACAGGUAUGUGUACCACAGUUCCAAGUGGAUGGUCGCAGGAAAUGCAGACUCCCCUGUGCCUCCCAGAGUUUACAUCCACCCUGACUCAUUAGCCUCUGGAGAUACCUGGAUGAGGCAGGUGGUCAGUUUUGAUAAGCUCAAGCUGACCAACAAUGAGCUGGAUGACCAAGGCCACAUUAUCCUGCACUCGAUGCACAAAUACCAACCGCGCAUCCACGUGAUCCGCAAGGACUUCAGCAGCGACCUCUCCUCCACGAAGCCAGUCCCCACCGGCAAUGGGGUGAAAACCUUCAACUUCCCCGAGACCGUCUUCACCACGGUCACGGCCUAUCAAAACCAGCAGAUCACCAGAUUAAAAAUUGACCGGAAUCCAUUUGCAAAAGGGUUCAGGGAUUCUGGAAGGAACAGAACUGGCCUGGAGGCCAUUAUGGAAACAUAUGCCUUCUGGAGGCCCCCCGUGCGGACCCUCACCUUUGAAGAUUUCACCACCAUGCAGAAGCAGCAAGGGGGCAGCACGGGCACUUCCCCGACGACCUCGAGCACUGGGACCCCCUCGCCCUCUGCAUCUUCUCACCUCCUCUCUCCAUCAUGUUCCCCCCCAGCCUUUCACUUGGCCCCCAACACUUUCAAUGUCGGCUGCCGGGAGAGUCAGCUCUGUAACCUGAAUAUCUCCGAGUAUCCUCCGUGUGCCCGAAGCAACAUGGCGGCCCUGCAGAGCUACCCGGGGCUGAGCGAGAGUGGAUACAACCGGCUCCAGAGUGGCACCGCCUCUGCUGCUCAGCCUUCUGAAAACUUCCUGCCUCAGCGGACUCCAUCCUUGAUCUCAGGAAUGCCUGCUCCUUCCUCGCUGCCGAGCAACGGCAAGAUGGAAGCCUACGGUGGCCAGCUGGGGUCAUUCCCAGCCUCUCAGUUCCAGUAUGUCAUGCAAGCCGGCAACCCGGCCUCCACCUCUUCUUCUUCCCACAUGUUCAGUGGUGGCCAUAUGCAGCAGAGCUCCUACAACGCCUUUUCCCUCCACAAUCCUUACAACUUGUACGGAUACAAUUUCCCCGCUUCUCCGAGGUUGACGGGAAGCCCCGAGAAACUGCCCGCCGCCCAAAGCACUUUACUCUGCUCUUCGCCUUCCAACGGGACUUUUGGAGAGAGGCAGUAUCUUUCGACGGGGAUGGAUCAUGGGAUGCACGUGAUCGGCAGUCCUCCCGGAAACAGCCAACCAACAGCCAACGCCUGUGAUAACAGACAGUAUGGAGCUGUACCGGGGUCGUCUUCACAAAUGCCGGUGCACAUGGUUUAACCAGUGCUCGGCGUCAUCCCCUGUGGAGAGAGAACCUCGUGGUUUAUCUUGGCACCCUCAUCCCUGUUGCGUUUGCGACGUAAAAUAGGACUAGUCUCUGAGCGAUGUACGGAAAUGCAAGCCAUCUAUAGCUAUAAUCCAAAGAACCAGACCGAGAGCUGCAGGCACGACAGCCAUCGCUACCUUGCGUAGCUAACUGGUUUCUGUCUCGGUGGAUUCUUUUUUUUA